CAACCGUCAGUGCGCGCUUCAGAUGAAGACAGGUCUCCAAGUGGAUAAGACAAAGACGAGGAGAAGCUUCCUUUUUUUUUCUAAAACAAAGCAAAUUUAAACCGAUUGGACUAUUCUUGAGAAUUGUCCUCAUACCGAUCAUCAUAGAACAAGCAUAAUCUAUAUUUUAGUCAAACAUGCCCGUGGCAAGGAUGAGGAUGAGGCCAUGGCUACAGGAGAAGAUCGAGUCCAAUUCAGUCUUGGGUCUGACUUGGAUAGACAAGAAUAAGACCAUGUUCUCAAUCCCCUGGAAGCAUGCAGCUCGACACGGCUGGGAGAUGGAUAAAGACGCAAGUCUGUUCAAACAAUGGGCCAUCCACACAGGGAAAUUUGUCGAAGGUCAGACUUGUGACCCAAAGACAUGGAAAGCCAACUUCCGGUGUGCAAUGAACUCGCUUCCUGACAUCGAGGAGGUGAAAGGCAAGAGCAUCAACAAAGGCCACCAAGCUGUGCGUGUGUUCAGGAUGCUGCCUGCCAGCCCAAAAUCUAAAGAUAAACAAAGCAAAGCAAAGGAAACAAAGCCAAAAAAGAAGAGCUCAGUGAUCAAGAUGGAGGAAGAAGCGGAUUGCAGUAAUACCGAGUUUCCCAUGAAAGAGUCGACACCGGAAGACUCUUCGUUCACUCAGGAGAACACAGUCGACAGCACAGUGCACACUGAGCAGCCAGAUUUCUCAUUUAUGGCUCCAUCUGAAGUUCCUGACUGGUCUUCGUCAGUGGAGAUCGACUCUAGCUUUCCAUUCAGCCACAGAUUUCAAGUUUCACCCGAGCACGAUCUUCCAGCGUACGAAUUAACCGACGACAUAAUCCAGAUUUGCCAGCAACUGGAGAAAGAUUCAAACUGGACGACAAGCAGUUUAGACUACAAGGGGUUCCUGAGCAAUGAAGCAUGCACCAGUCCAGGGAGCCAGUGGAGUGAUUCUUCCUCAGUCGACGAGCUAGAUGAGAUGCCACAUUACACAACUUUGGGCUCAGACUUCUCAAAUCCCACAGACAACCUCUGGAACAACAUGUUUCAAAUUAUGCCCAUGCAUUGAGAUCUUCUGGACAGGAUAGUGCUUUGACACUUUGAACUUUUAAAGAGCUCAUCCCACCCACCAUCCUCCCCUUCUCAGUUGAGAAAACACCCAUCCCCAUCAUCAUCUCUCCAGUUCCUGAUGGGAAGUGUCGGCAGCAAUUCAGAGAGCUUUCCCUCAACCUUUGUGUGAAGUUAUGAAGUGCACUGUUUUAGAAGAACUCACAUGCUGUUCAUUUUCAAUGUUAUUGGCUGGAUCAAGGCAUUUUGGUGCUCAGUUCUUUGUAGCGAUGAGUUGUAAUAAAACAGGAAUUGUUUUUGCUCAGGCAGGACAUGCACAGGAUCAUACUCAGCCAUGAAUAUAUGCAAGGUAAACAAUAUUAAGAUAUAUAAAAAUUUAAGAUCAUAUUCAGUGCGCUUAACAGGUAGUUAAUAUAUCGUGUCAAAUAAUUGAUAUCAGUUUUCCGUUAUGUGCACCAGUACAUUACAUUUUAAGGGAUGAGAAUACAUUUUAUAAACUUCUGGUGAAAGCUCUACUUCAAUAUCUUACAGUCGUUUGCUUCAGGCAGUUCACUUGUAAACAAUAUUUGUAUAUAGUUGUAUUUUUUGGUCUGUGUUUUUUCAUAAAAUAAAAAAUUGUUCAUCAAUGAA